ACUCUCACUUCCGUGUUGUGGACUGCACAUGUUUAUAAGUACCGCUCAGAAAUCUAUCUUAAAAUAAAUAUUCAAGUCAAAUAUUUUUUUAGGAUGUAAGGAUAUACUGGUUUUGGUUGUUUUAUGAUAUUUUUUGUUGAAAAGGUUGUUUAGCCAAGUUGAAAUUGUGAAUACAGGGAGCAUCUUCUGCCAACUAAGGAGUAAAAUCGAUGCAAAAAGGUUAGAAAUUCAACAAAUCUACUGUGAAGUCACCAUGGAUGACAUUUAUAAUGAACUCCAAAGGCUGGAACCAGAACCAGAAAGUGACUCUUUUUCUGUAGACUCCACUGCAUCCACAAAGAAGGCAAAACUACCGCUACCAAAAAGUACUUCGCUAAAGAAGAAACAUGAAACUGGAUUCCACGAGAGCACAAGGUUGUGUCUGGAGCAGAUCAGAGAAGCAAUGUUGCACCACAGAUGGGAGGAAGCUGCAGAGUACAUGGCAUACUUUCAGCAAAUAUUAGAAGACAAUACUCAUAAUAGAGAAGUGCAGCAUAAAGAGCUAAUUUGGAGAAUGGGCAUUGAGAUUCUUCACCAUCACCCAAACUCAAAACUGGAGGAUUACAACAACAUUUAUGAUCGUAUUAAACACUCCGGAGUAAAGCAGUAUUUGAAGGUGUGUUUGGAGCAGUCGUUUCACCUGCUUCUGUUGGGUCAUCUCCAAGAGGCCAAGAACACAUUGUCUGUUGCAGAGACUUGGAGAUAUGGAAAAGAGACCACAGCUCAGAUUAAAAGAACUACACUGAUCAAGGCUUAUAGGAGUCUGCUGGACUAUUUCAUCUGGUGUGAGAAAAAAGCAGGAACUUCCACCAAAGAUUUUGCACAAAAUGCUGCGACUCAAUCCAUGCACAUCUAUUUCCGUCAGGCUUCAGUGAAUUUGAAGGAAAUUUUUAAAAACCCUGGCGUGUGGGAUCCCUUUAUAUUGAGCUAUGUCGAGAUGUUGGAGUUUUACGAUGACCAGGAGGAGGCUCUGAGGGUCCUGGAAGAGUACGCCUAUGACAACUCCUUCCCUCCGAAUCCAAACGCACAUGUCUAUCUGUACCAAUAUCUGAAGAGACACGACGCAACAACCAAGAAGCUCCUCAAAGUGCUCAAAAUUCUCCAUGCCUUAGUCCCAAGCCAUUCCCUGAUGACUGAGUACUGCUCUCUUCUGCUUGAGUCAGGCAAAACAAGGAAGGCUUUGGAAGUCACUGUGGACAUGCUGGACUACGCUUGCUGGAGGAACAACCUGGAAAUCUGGAAGACUCUAAAAUCAAUCAUUGAAAAACUACAAUCAGAAGAGGACUUUGAAGACACUGUAUCUGAAGUGAUGUUUGGGAGGAUGGACUGGUGGCCCGCUCUGCACUUCACCAUUUUCCACGCUGCCCAGGACCAGAGAGAAAACCCCGAGCUGCGCAGAGUCAAGGCCCCCCUGGCUAAAGUGCUGUGCCCUGGUCUGACUCUGAGGUACUGUGACAUGGAGGAAGCCACGAGAGAGAUACAAACUACACAGAGGAAGUUUACAAGAAUAUCUGUGACCAAUUCCCGAUGAGUCUGAAAGAGUGAAGAUAAGUAAGAAGAGUCCUCAAAGCUGCUUAGACUCAGGGGAGGGACAACAUGCAAACUUCACCUGCACAGCCUGGGGUGUGUGCGAACCACUGCACAUUUUAUUUAUGUUUUAGAGCAGUGGUCCAAAACCUUUUUUGCGCCACGGACCAGUUUUAUGUUCGAUACUGUCAAUGCAGCCUGUUUUGGUCCUGGUUUAGUCUUGGUUUUUGACCUGGUUUAGACCUUGUUUAGUCCUGGUUUUAGACCUUGUUUAGUCCUGGUUUUAGACCUGGUUUAGUUCUUGUUUAGUCCUGGUUUUAGUUCUGGUUUAGAGGGGCGGGAAACACGGGAGGAGGCACAAUUUGCACGAGGUUCGCACUUUCGCUGCCCGGUACCAAAUGACCCACAGCCCGGUACCGGCCUCUGACCCGGGUGUUAGGGGCCCCUUCUUCUUCUUCUUCUUCCUCAUUUGUAUUGGAAUGUCCAUCCUUUUUGGCCUCUGGAGUAUUAGGAUUGACCACCAUGUGGUGCUAUUGUUUAGUGAUUGUGAUAUUUGUAAAUGAACAUAAAACAAGAAUGGAGAUUCAUUGAAACAUUAUAUUGUUUCAGAAAC